ACAUUCAAAAGUCGCGAAUUGAAACUUUAUUUUGUUUUCUAAUUUCUAGACAUUUUCUAACUCAACCAGAGGUAAAACUCAGUGCAUACUUGUAUGCUAUCCCAUUUAAGUUUGCCAGUCAAUAAACCGCAAUAUAUUAAUUAAAUAUUUGGAGCACGCACACAGUUGCCGUUUACGGCUCAGCACGUUUUCCAAACCGCUCAAGCGUCAAUCAAAAAUGUGCUGGGUGGUGUGAUGGGCCAGGGUGUUUCCGGAACGCUGUCGCUUUAUUUCCGAUUAAAACUCCAGUUUUUCAAGUGAAAAUACCCCUGAUUAUGAACAGUUCGAUUUACACAUUUGCGAAAUAAGCCUGUGCAGGUAACGGGUACAAUGGCAGCUAUUUAUCAGUGUUACCGGAAAAUCGUUGACACAAUUUGGUCUCCUAACGUUUGGUUGCCCCCAAAUACCACUUGGGCCGACAUUGCACCGGAAUCCAGCCAGGAAGUACAGCAUGCCGACUACAGACACCUAUUCUACCCCCUGCCCAUGGCUUUGGUGGUCCUGUUAAUAAGAUAUUUAUUUGAAAAAUAUUGGUUUGCUCCAGUCGGUAUAAGUUUAGGAAUUAAGAGUAGUAGACCUAAGAAAGCUCCGCCCAUUCCCCUGCUAGAAAGUACAUAUGCCAAAUCGAAAAAGUGGAAACACAAACAGGUACAAAGUUUAGCGAAACAAUUGGAUAUGUCAGAACGGCAAGUAGAAAGAUGGCUAAGAUUAAGAAAAGGUCAAAACAAGCCAUCAACCCUUACAAAGUUCUGCGAAAAUGCGUGGAGAUGUACAUAUUACACAUUUAGCUUUAUAUAUGGCAUCACAGUUUUAUGGGAUAAACCUUGGUUGUGGGAUAUUAAUGAAUGUUGGAAUGGAUUUCCUCAUCAAUCAGUGACCACAGAUAUUUGGUGGUACUAUAUGUUCUCUAUGGCAUUCUACUGGUCUUUGUGCGUCUCUCAAUUCUUCGACGUAAAGAGAAAGGACUUUUGGCAGAUGUUCAUACAUCACAUUGCAACGAUAUUGCUGAUGUGCUUCUCCUGGAUUGUAAAUGUGUUCAGGGUGGGCACGUUAGUGUUGGUUGUUCACGAUUCAGCAGAUAUAUUUUUGGAGGCUGCCAAAAUGACCAAAUAUUCUGGAUACCAAAAGAUCUGUGAUGUUAUUUUCGCCAUUUUUACUGUGCUUUGGAUAGUCACUAGGCUAGGAUUUUUUCCCUUCUGGAUAAUAAGAAACACGUCAAUAGAAGCCCCAAAAAUCGUUCCCUUGUUUCCGGCAUAUUACAUUUUCAACGGUUUGCUGUGCGUACUUUUGGUCCUCCAUAUAUUUUGGACUUACCUCAUUCUUAAAAUCGCCUACAACUCUUUGAACGCAGGAUUGAUGGAGGGAGACAUCAGAAGUAGUAGCGACGACUUUAGCGAAGAUUCCAACAAUUCUAACUCUUUAGCGAAUCGAAUUCAUGAAAAAAAACAGUGAGAAGUAGAUUUAGUAGAUAUAAUACAAUCUAUUAAAUAUAUAAAGUAACAAGUUCAUACCAUUUGUCAAAAAUACUAAAUAUCACCAAGUCGGUACCUUAUAUCAGAAUAUAAGAUAACAACUUGUUUUUGAAGAUGUUUAGUCCUUGUGCAGUUUAAUUACGUAUCUUGGAGUAGGCGUCAUCAAUUUACGUAUUGUUUUAUUAGGUUACUUGUUAAUUUUUUUUGAGAUACCUGUGUUUGCAACUUCUUUAGUGAAACAUGAGGGUUUUAUAAUAAUUUACUUGCACUAAUUAGAUUAUUUUAAUAACGUUCUGUUUUCUUCAAUUUGUCUAUAGUUGAAAAGUUCAACGAGCGUCAUUAUCAAUUUCGUUUUAAAAGUUUUUUGGAAAAAAACCAAGUACUUUCUUGGUAUUAAAUCGCUGCAACUCUUCAUAUCGGAAUUGCAUAACAGCGGUAUUCCAAACGCACAAUUUCCCUAUAUUAUUACUUAUCACUAUCGUUUGUGUCAUGUGAAGAAACAAAUGUCUGUAAAUAUUCCUAUAAAUAAUAAAUUUGUUUGAAUGAAUGCUUUGUGCAAGACUUAUUUAAUACUGGGAACAAUAGAGAAAUGUAGAAAGAUCUACAGAAAGUAGAAUCUAAGAAAAAUGCUUCAUAAUAGUAAACUUUCUGCAUAUUGAACUGCAAUUCAAUACUUUAAAAAAUAGUAAAGCACUUAAUUAUUUUAUAUAUAAUAGUCAAAUAUUUGCGAAUGAAAAUGUCUUAAAUUAAGUUCUAGAUGUUGUGUUCUAACAAAUUAUUUUGGAAAAACCUAUUGGCUUUAUGCGUAUGUGACUUACGCAUAUUCACUCAACCCGAAGAUAACUACUAACGUCAUAUCAUUUUUGUAAAUGUCUAUUUUAACAAAUUUUCACAUUAUGCUAAUUAUACAAAAUACAUCAGCAGAAUAGACUUCUAAGGAAUUCGGUAUUAAUUUUAUAUAUAAGUAGAGUUUCAACUGAAAUCAACUCUUGGGGAAUUACUGUUUAAUGUCCCUGUGAAAUCCAAAGAAAACAUGUUUAAGUUAUUACACAUUUUUGUUUAGUAUUAUCUGUUAUUGUCUUUGAUUUAGGGCAUUAAUAAAUCAGUUUUAAAUAGAAGUUUUAGGUUGUGUCAAAAUUAGCAUGUGUGUACAUACUAUACAUGUCCUAAGCUAAAUAAAUGUAUAAAUUAGCAGACAUCUGUAAAUUAUGUACUGCUACUGAUUAAAUAAAUAUGUACAAAUUUGGAAAAUAAACAUGUAGUGCUUUUUGUAUGCUCUGAAAUUUCAUUAAAAAACUGCAACUCA